AUGCCGCAUCAACAGCAAAAUGUUCGUAGUACGGUCGAAGGAGAUGCUACUAAGAUUGAUCUCUGGACUAGUACUGACAUGUCCCGGUUUGAUCAAGAUGUUCAUGUCAUUCCCAUAGACAGUGUUAUGCGACGUUUUCGAUCUAACCGCCAAACUGGCUUAUCGUCUGCUUUUGUGAGUGAAGCGCAGACGUGCUAUGGUAGUAAUCAGAUCACACCUGCCCCUUCGCCGAAUUACUUCCGAUUAUUAUUUAAACAAUUAUUCAUGGGUUUUAAUUCAAUUCUUCUAGUUGGUGGUAUUCUUGCUAUAAUCGCCUAUCAGCCACUUGGAGGAUCGGAGUCAUCUAUUACGAAUUUAAGUCUUGGUAUCGUGCUUUUAUCGGUGACGAUUUUCAAUGCUUUUCUCAAUGUGUAUCAAAAGCUCAAGUCGAUUAAGAUUAUCGCUGCGUUUGCAAAACUAUUGCCGAAAUCUGUUUCCACGCGACGUGAUGGUGUAGAACAACACGUUCCGAUUAUCGAACUUGUUCCUGGUGAUAUUAUCUUAAUUAAAAUGGGUGAUGUCGUGCCAGCUGAUUGUCGAUUUUUAACUUGCGAAGGACUGAAGCUUAAUUCGGCCGAAUUAACCGGUGAAACGAAGCCCGUCUCAAUCACAGUUGAAUGUACUAGUGAAAAUUUGAUGGAGACAACUAAUCUUGGAUUCUAUUCUUCCCUUGUUGAAGAAGGUAUGGGGGAAGCAGUGGUUGUGGCAACAGGAAACAGCACCAUUUUGGGUAAAAUGUCACGCACAACGCAAGAGGGUUCAAAUGAAAGAACCACGAACCUACAUCGUGAAGUCAAUCGCUUUGUAUUGUUUGUUCUCGUCGCCGAUGUUAUGAGUAUUAUUAUCGUUUGGAUUACAUGGGGAGGCUGGCUUAACAAGAGUCAUCCAACAUUCAUUACUCGUACUGGAAAUAUCCUCAAUUCCAUUGGAAUGAUCGUAAGUUUCUUACCUAUUGGUUUACCAUCUGCUAUUACGCUCGCGUUGGCAAUUGUGGCUAAACGAAUGAGUCAACAGCGAAUUUUAGGAAAAAGUUUGCAAAUUAUUGAAAGUUUCAAUUCGGUUUCGAUAAUUGCUACAGAUAAAACAGGCACAUUGACAAAGAACAAAAUGGUCGUGAGCGAGAUCUUCUGGGAUACGGACAAUGGAUGUAAAGUGUUUGACGACGGCGAUGAAGAAUCACCAACAAGAACAUCAAUGUCAGACAAAAGUCGUCAAGUAUCAUUUGGACUCCGUGACAGUUCUCAACGUACGGCGAAAGUAUCCCCAGCCAUCGAAAGGCCAUCGAUCAACGGAAAUCAUCAGGAUGAGUACAGUGGAAACCGACAAAGCCGAUUCUGCGUCGAAGUUUUCGAUGAUUUACUACUUGGUGCUGCAUUGUGCAACAAUGCUAAAGUGCAACUCGUCAGAAAUCAAUCAAAAGAUCGAGAUAUGAUGAAAGCGAAUUCGGAAUUACACGUUACUGGUGAUCCUGUCGAUGUUGCACUCUACAAUCUAUGUGUUUAUCAAUGUUAUAUGUACAUUGAUGAAAUACGCUGUGUGAAUCCUCGACUAAAAACUUUACCAUUCAAUUCAGUAAACAAAUUCAUGAUUACGGCGAAUCGAAUGGAAUCACAUAAUUUAUCUUCAACAGAUCCUCGGAAUACAGUGUUAAUUACAAUGAAAGGUGCCCCAGAAAUAGUUAUUCAACGUUGUUCUACAUACAAAACAAAUGGUGGUCAAAUCUUACCAUUAACAACGGAAAUAAAAGAGAAAAUUUUGAAUCAACAAGAAAUACUAAGCAGAGGUGGUUAUCGCAUUAUCGCUAUGUGUCAACAAAAAUUAACACAGAUGCGAUAUGAUCAACUAAUGCAGCAACAUGAUGAGCGACGUCAGUCGAGAGUUGUCGAAGUACAUAACUUAAACGGAUUUCCUCAAGAAAAAUAUUGUUUCCUCGGCCUUUUCUCGCUGUUCGAUUCUCUUCGAUUCGACGCGCCCGAUUCGAUACUCAGAAUCCGAGAUGCGCGUAUUCGUGUCGCAAUGAUUACCGGCGAUCAUCCGGCAACUGCCAGAGCGAUUGGCGAGCAAGUCAAUAUCUUCUCAGCGAAUAUUGCCAAACGAAACGGAAUCGAUUCAUUUCAAAUGCUAGAGAACGAAACCAAACAGUUAGUUUUUCGGUUAUAUCGAAAUGAAACACUCUUUCAAGAACAUAUCGCCGGAACGAUAACGGCACUUCGUUCCUCCAGUACAACUAUCCAAAAGCACAUUAAACUGGAAAAACAAGUUUGGUAUAGACGCUGGUAUGCAUCGCUCAAAAAUCAACUCACUGAGGCAGAACCAAUCUUUUACAAAGAAAAGGAAAAAGAAAGAAUUCCUUAUGCUAUUGUGAUUGCAGGUAAUCAAGUUGAUUAUCUCGAUGAUUUUAUGUGGAAUUGGGUGUUGUCUCAUGAAGAAUUAAUAUUCGCUCGUACGUCACCAGAACAGAAAUUGCGCAUCAUCAUGGAGUUCCAACGACGCGGGGAAAUCGUCGCUGCAAUCGGCGAUGGAACCAAUGAUGCACCGUCAUUGAAAUAUGCUGACCUGGGUAUUGCUAUGCAAACAGGAACGAGUGUUUCGAAAGAAGCGGCUGAUUUGAUUCUGCUUGACAAUCGGUUUUCAUCCAUCGUAUCAUCCAUCGAAACAGGUCGUCUUCUAGCUGAUAAUUUGAAAAAAGUCGUCAUGUUUCUAUUGCCAGCAGGAUCUUGGUCCGAACUUUGGCCAAUUAUGUUUAAUAUGUGGCUUGGCGUUCCUAUAUCGCUUUCGACAUUUUUAGCAACGAUUCUGUGCGUGCUCAAUGAUGCCUCGAUAUCAUUGACUCUGGUGAUGGAAAAACCAGAAACGGAGAUUCUAUCUCGACCACCAUCGAAUCGAAAAGAUGAUCAUCUCCUCAACUGGCGAUUGCUUUUUCAUGCUUAUAUGCUCAUCGGCAAUCUAGAAUGUUUCACGGCAUUCUUUUGCUUCUGUUACUAUUGGAUCGAUAAUGGUAUAUCAUUCUAUUCACUCCUGUUCACUUACGAGUAUUUCGGUAUCAAUCCACCUACGGCGUACAGUCCCGAGAAAUUUCUUGAGAUGAUCAACGUGUCUCAAUCGAUCUAUUAUUGUUCGUUAUGCGUCUUUCAAGUCUUUAAUUACUUUGCCACGCGAACGCGCUAUGCCUCUAUUUUGCAACACAACCCUUUCUGGGGUAAAAAUCGCAACUGGUUCGCAUUCGUGGCUAUAGCCUUCUCAAUAGGUAUUGUUUUACUUUUCACCCAAGUCACCCGGUUCAAUGAAAUAUUCGCUACAGCUCCGGUGCCUGCCAAAUAUAUCAUGCCAACGCUCGGGUUCGGUGUACUUUGGCUAGUUGUUGAUGAACUUCGAAAAUUGUACAUUCGUAAAUAUCCACAAAGCAUUAUUUCCAAGAUUGCUUGGUAA